CGGUAGCUGAAGCAGUUAUUUUGGUUGGUUCGAGCACCCAUUUGCCGUACGAACAUGCAGAUCUUUGUGAAAACCCUGACUGGAAAGACCAUCACUGUAGAGGUGGAGCCCAGUGAUACAAUUGAGAAUGUCAAGGCCAAGUGCCAGGACAAAGAAGGGAUCCCGCCUGAUCAGCAGCAUUUGAUCUUUGCAGGCAGGCAACUGGAAGCUGGCCGUACCCUGUCAGACUACAACAUCCAGAAAGAAUCUACUCUGCACUUGGUGCUGCGUCUGAGGGGGGGUAAUUGUUAAACUGUUGCA